AUGUUCCGCCAUACCAGAACCAUGAGGGGCAUAUUCUCCAUGAGUAGAUUGCCCUUGAACCUCGAGGCAAAGAAGCAAGCGGGACAGGCAAUGAAUGUGCAGAAAGUCCGCUUCAGAAAGCAAGCAUUCAGGCCAAAAAUGCUUGCCUUCUACUUCAUUACUUCCUACAUAUGUUACGAUAUCUACGGUCGCAUGGUUCUGGAUCCUAUCGACAAAGCGGCGAUGGAAGCAAUGGAAGGGAUGCCAGCGGAGGUAGCCGGAGAGGUUGACGAUCCAUUAUUCAUACCAUUUCCUGGGACCGUCAAGGAGACGAGGCGGAAACCGUAUCGGGGGAGUGAUCCGGAAUGGCAGGAGUUUAUUAAGUUCAGCAAAGACAAGACAGGGCAGACUAAAGUGCGAGACGAGCUUGCACGGCGUGUGAAACGAAUUGCAGAGCUGCAUCCUAUCAUAACGAGGAAGUGUGGGAAAGAGCUGACGCAAAGGCGGUGUUGGCUAGAUGUGGAUUUUCCUCAUUACCCACCACCUGAGUUCGAGAGAUCUGGCAUCGAGAUAUCCGACGAAGCUAUCUCCUGGACUACCCAACCCGUCGACUCUCUUACCGUCUACAGACUCCGGCAUGUACUAUGGCCAUCAGCCCUUGCGCUCUCUUUCUGGAAUUUCACUAAAGUCCUCAUCGUCGACGACACGAAACGUAUCGCAUCCAUGCUCGGCAUCCGCUCAACACCAUCCGCUCCAUCCAUCGAACAACUAUUACAAAAACAACAACAAAUGAUGAAAGGCUCGCUUCCAAAUAAGGAUGGACCACCCGCCCAGGCUGAAGGGGAGACUACAAGCAGUCCGAAGGCUAUGAUCAAGAUUUCCACCGCCGCGAAGACAAGAUUGUCAGAACAGCCCGAGGAGAAGACAACUCAAGAAACGGAGAUUUGGCCAGGAACACGCGUAGCUGUGGCCUUACAUCAGCAUUUCAACCACGCCAUCAUGGCAUUCAAGGGUAAAUUCCUGCAAACCUGGCACCCAACUGCAAAUUACCCACCUCGCGGCAGCAUCCUCGUCUCAGGAAUGGUGGAACUAGAAGCACCAAAGGCGUAUUUAGUCUUUGACGUGAACGCAGCGUGGGAUCCGCAGGUGCAGGAUUUUGAUGCGAGAUCGAUGGUGGUCAAGUUGAGGAGGUUUCAGUGGAAGAGCCAAGGUCCUGUGGUGUCGCGACAGAUUUGA